CCGCGCGGUGGUUUGUGGGUAUUGUAGUCAUGGCGGCCGUAGUGAUGUUAGCGGUGGUGUUGGGCGCAGGAGUGAUUGUCAUCGCCAGGACGAUGUUCUCCAGACACCGGGCGGCUCUCCGCUUCCCUGUCGGUUCGAUGCGCGGGAAAACGGUCAUCGUGACGGGCGCAAGCAGCGGGAUCGGUAAGGCCACUGCGGCCGAGCUGUUCAGGCUGCAAGCGCGAGUCAUCAUGGCGUGUCGGGACCGGGAGAGGGCCGAGCAGGCGGCCGCGGAGAUCCGCGCAUGCGCAGGAACCUCUCACGGAGAGCUAGUCAUCAAGCACGUGGAGCUGACGUCACUGAGAUCCGUGCGCGCUUUCUGCCUAGAAAUUACCCAGGAGGAGCCAACGCUGGACGUGUUGAUAAACAAUGCAGGUGUGUUCCGUUGCCCGUACUCUAAAACUGAGGAUGGCUUUGAGAUGCAACUAGGAGUGAAUCAUCUGGCACACUUCCUGUUAACCCACCUGCUGACUGAGCUGAUGGUACGUUCUGCCCCGAGUCGCAUCCUCGUCGUCUCCUCCAAACUUUACAAAUACGGCAGCAUUCGAUUCGACGACCUGAACAGUGAGUCCAGCUACGAUCCAUCCUUCUGUUACAGCCAAAGUAAACUAGCUAACCUGCUGUUCGUGCAUGAGUUAGCGAAGCGACUGGAGGGACGGGGUGUGACUGUCAACGCCCUCUCCCCUGGGAUAGUCAGGACCAACCUGGGCCGCCAUGUCAGGGUCAACCUCCUGAUGAAGCCCUUUCUCUUCAUGGUGUCAUGGCUGUUCUUCAAGAGUCCAGAAGAGGGAGCUGAGACCACAUUGCACCUCGCCUGCUCUCCUGACAUGGCUACUGUGACAGGGAAGUUCUUCUCUAACUGCCGAGAGGAAGAGCUCCUGUCUAAAGCGACAGACGACGACACAGCAAAGCGGUUAUGGGACCUGAGUGAGAAAAUGGUCGGGAUUCGGAGCUGAACUUGAUCUUGAUGGUUUUUAACAUGGCUGUUCUCCUGCUUCUAACAAAACAUCUGUAAAUUCUGAUUAAAUAUGUUAAAACGUUG